UUCUUCUUCUUCUUCUUCUUCUUCUUCUUCGCGGGCUUGUGUUAAGCGCGCUUUUAUGCCUCCUCUUUUUCCUCCUGCGCCUCCUCCAGUCGGAUGGACGGACGGACGGACGGACGGACGCACAACUUCGUCACUUCUUCACUUCUUCACCACCACACCACCACCAUUACCAGCAUCUUGCACUUCUCUUCUCAUAUACCCCACACCUUAGGGCAGGCAGGCAGCAUGCGCAGCGUUUUCUUCUCCACUAUAUCCACUAGGGCAAGGCCUGGCAAGGCAAACGGCAGGGCAAGGCAGCAUCCAUCCAGCAUCCGGCAUCAAAGCAUACCAAGCAUGCAAUUAGCAUCAGGCGGCGCAAAAACCCCCGGUCUCAUUUCCCCCCAUCGUCUCGUUUCAUACCAUCUCUUCCUUCGUCUUUCUGCGUCUUGCGUUUUGCGUUUGCGUUUUGCGUUUUUGCGUCUGCGACUUCUUCACCACUUCUUCAAAUACCCCCUAGGGACGGACGGCUAUUGUAGUAGGCUACUACACGACGACCAACCACCCACGGACGCGCCACGGCAGCCAGCUUUAUCUUCUUCUUCAGCACCAACACUUUUCGUCUUCGUCUUCUUCUUCUUCUGCAUUGCCUUUACUUUACCCUUCAUCUUAGCUUUCCACCACUUCACCACCACCCAAUUUCCGUCGUUUCAGCGUUUUUAUCCGUCUUUUACCUUAUUCAUCCACGGCUUCAUCAAUCUCCACCUUCUACAUAUAUAUCCCCUAGGGCACCACAUCGGUUCGGUACGGUUCGGUACGGAUUAUCUUGGUUUUGGGUUCAGGGUGCGCCAAAGCGAGCGAGCAAGCGAGCGUUCUGUCUAUCAUAUAUCCUGUCAUCUGUCAUCUUUGUGUUUUUUUUUUUUUUUUGCUUUGCUAGCAUAUGUAUGAAAUGAGCAAGCAGCGAGCGGUCCAUGCGUGGAGCGAGAGCUUCCGUCAUCGUCAUCGUCGUCGUCACCAACGAAAGAGUUUUGCCUCUCUCUCUAUAUAUAUAUCGCCGUGUCUGUUUGCCUAGGUUACUUAUAGUUCAUGUUCUGUGACUGCUUCAGCUCUCUUAUUACCUAACAACAACUACUUCGUUCAGGAUAUCGAGCACCG